GAAUAAAACACAAAACUAUCAGCAGAAGCUGUUUUAUUGAGACUGACAGACUUUAUUUUAUCAUUUGAUUUUCUAAGGAGACACUGAGGUAGAUGCUGAAAGAAGAGACAGUCUGAGGAGAAAGUCUGCAGAAAGUUAUGACUGAGAUGAGGAAGAGGAUGAUGCAGAUUAGAUGGACUGAAGGUUAAGAAGGACAGGAGUGGCAGAGUAAACAAAGACAACGAGACAAACAGGAUGUGCUGAAGUUUCCAGCAGGAUGCUGACUGACUGAGUCAAACGAGAAGUUGAAUCUGGAAGCAGCAACAGAUCUGUUCAGGAAACUGCAGAGAGAGAGAGAGGGAGAGAUAGAGGGGGUGAGGAAGAGGAGGUUUUAUCCUCGCUGCACCUCUCAGUUUCUCAGGACUUCCCUGCCUGGACUGGACACCAUUAAGUGCUUCGUCUCCAGAGUUUCCAUAUCUGCGUUUGGCCUGAACUUAACCGUGAAGCUGAAUCUGGAAGCUCUUGCUGAGGAUUACGGCUCGUUGAGAAGGAAACCUGGCGGCAGACGUGGUUGUUUGGAUGGUUUAGAUGAGUAAAGAAGCCCGAUCAGACUGUUUGAUUUGGACUGAAGACUUGAUGCCUCCAGCACAUGUUCGCAGAGGGUUUCUAGUUUCAGAUGUGAGGUCUUAUGAAUUGCUGAUGAUGCUUUUAAUGGGCURAUUUAUUAAUAACUGUAUGUUUGUUUGCAUCCAGGAUGAGAGGACUGGUGCUGGAGUCAGAUGCUCUUUCAUUCACUCAGUCUCCUUCCAGUUAAUGAGGGUGAAAUCGUAAAAAUGGACGCUGAUGCUCCGUACAUUUUCAGAUCCCUCUGAAAUGUGUUUUGUUCUGGUGAAUUAUGGCGUGAGGAGCGAUGUGGAUUAGGAGGCUGAGCAGGAACUUGAAAGUCUGAAAAGUGACCCUGAACGCCUCGUUUUAAUGCACUCUGAUAAAUGGAGCUCCUGUUUCUCCUCGCAGCUUUACGGGGGAAAGUUUUCCAUUUGUGUCCAAAUACUUUCCAGAUCAGUGCUGACAUUAAAGCAGACUCCGUCCAUUUAACUGCUUCUGUUGUUGUGGGCCCGGGAACAAACUCAACCGGAGUGAUAAUAGAAGCKUCUGAGCUUUGCUAUUGACCGGUGGGGUUCGGGUCGGUCCUGGCCUCGGUUUGUCGGAACUUUGUGUCUAGUCUUGGCCCUGAGCGGGGGUCUCCCUCUGUCCUGACACCAUGGGCAUCCAUGGCAUGGAGCUGUUCGCCAUCGGCGUGGUYGUCAUCCUUUUCAUGGCCGUCCUCAAGCAGUUUGGCAUCCUGGAACCCAUUUCUUUUGAAGAUGACAGCAGCGACAGUGAUCUGGAGCUGUCCACGGUGCGUCACCAGCCGGAGGGGCUGGACCAGCUGCAGGCUCAGACCAAGUUCACCAGGAAGGAGCUGCAGUCUCUGUACCGAGGCUUCAAGAACGAGUGUCCCAGUGGACUGGUUGACGAGGAGACGUUCAAGUCCAUCUAUUCUCAGUUCUUUCCCCAAGGAGAUGCAACCACCUACGCUCACUUCCUGUUCAAUGCAUUUGACAUGGACAGAAGCGGCUCGAUCCGCUUUGAGGACUUYGUCAUCGGCCUGUCGGUGCUGCUCAGAGGUUCGGUCACAGAGAAGCUCAACUGGGCCUUCAACCUCUACGACAUCAACAAGGACGGCUACAUCACCAAAGAGGAGAUGCUGGCCAUCAUGAAGUCAAUCUACGACAUGAUGGGGCGCUACACGUACCCCUGUGUGAGAGACGACGCUCCGUCCGAGCACGUCGACAAGUUCUUCCAGAAAAUGGACAGAAACAGAGACGGCGUAGUGACGAUUGAAGAGUUCAUCGAGACGUGUCAGAAGGAUGAGAACAUCAUGAACUCAAUGCAGCUGUUUGAAAAUGUGAUAUAAAAAAACAAGCUGGAUCCUCUCAGUUGUUUUCCUUCAUCACUCCAACAAACAAGCAUCCUCUUCGCCAACCAUUUAAAGACAUUUACCGCAACAUAUUACUGUAAAAACGACAGGAAAUAGACUUUUAGCUGCAUCAUACAACUGUUCCUGGAUUUCCAAGGACUGCUGCACAGAGAUGAUCGGCGUAACAGAAGAAAGACGUUCUUGUACGAACAAAAAAGGAUCAGCAAUCAAAAAAAAAAAAAAAAGAAAAGAAAUCCAGAUUACAUUUAGGCUCAGAUCUGAGCCUGUAGCUUUAAUUCACACAGAUCAGUUUUGCUCAAGACUUUUAAAACGACUGAAUGGUGUAAAAAUAAAAUGUACAUUUUAAAAUAUCACAAAUAAAUAGAGAACUAACGCAUGAAAUGAAAUAUGUAAUGUGGAAUUAGCUUGCACUAAAGGUUUAUGAUUUAUGUAUUAUAUGCACCUGAACUGAAGGCUCUGUAGAUAUCUGCACCUGAUCCACUUCUGAUGGAAACCAGUGUGUGUGUAUAUAUGUAUAGUUAAUAGUUUAUUGUGCUGGUUUCAUCUGUGCUGCACUGGAGGAUGGACAAAGACCAAACGGAAAUAUUUCUUUAGGUUUCUUGUGGUAUUUUGUUGUUACUCUGUUUAGUUAUUGAAAUAUGUUUUUCAGAAGAUUGCACCCUUUUUUUAAAAUUUGGACUAUUAUGUUUACUGGUAAGACUGGGGAAAAGUGAAGGACUGUGGAGAAAGAAAAAGACUGAUAAAUUGUGUCUCUGUGCUGAAUCAAGUCUUGAACAUGUGAGCAUGCUGAGCCACAGUUUUAUGUUCAGUGAAGUUGGACCUUUGUGAGUUCAGUACAUUAAAGAUGCUUUUAACAGCCUGA